UUUGUCCUCCGUGGUGACACCUCUCUCCCCCUCCUUGGCGGAGCGAGAGGUACAACAACCGAGGGGAAGCCCAACAGGAUCUCUCCGCGCUCCCCCAAAUCCCUCGGUCUCGCGCCUCGAGCUCUCGAAUCCCUCUUCGAUCCCGCCGAAAGAAUCCCGAAUUAUCUCUUCUUUAUCCUCGAAACCCUACCUUCGAAGUCCCCCCGCCUUCGCCGCCGUGGUUCCGGCGAGUCCCACCGCCUUCCGCCGCCGGAGUGGCGCCACGGAGCCGAUUCGGGUUUGAUCUUGUAGUCCGAUCCAGGAUUUAUUGGGAGGAAUGGCGGCACCGGCGAGCCAACCUCCCAGUAUGGAGGUCUUCGAUGCAUAUUUUAGGAGGGCCGAUUUGGAUAAGGACGGGAGGAUCAGCGGACCAGAGGCGGUGGCGUUCUUCCAGGGAUCCAAUUUGCCCAAACACGUGCUGGCUCAGAUUUGGAAUCAUGCUGAUCAGAAGCAUACUGGUUACCUUGGGCGCCAAGAAUUCUACAAUUACCUGAGACUUGUGACAGUGGCACAGAGUGGCCGAGAGCUAACUCCAGAUCUAGUCAGGGCUGCCUUAUUUGGUCCAGCUGCUGCUAAAAUUCCUGCACCACAGAUAAAUCUCCCAUCCAUUCCUACGGCUCAGAUGAACUCUCUUCCCACACCUACACCUUCCACUCAGAUCGGUGUUACGAGUGCAACUCAAAAUCCUGGCAUUACCGGACAACAGGCACUUCCAAAUACAGCUGUUAACCAGCAAUUCUUUCCAGCAGGCAACCAUUUUAUCGGGCCACCUUCAGCCACAUCUGCUGCUGCUUCACUUCCACUGCAAGGAGUUGGUCAACGACCACCUGGGGCUGGUAGCAUGGUAGGUCCUCAUCUUCCAAGUUCAAAUACUCCAAAUCUACCAGCUGAUUGGCUUGGUAGUAGGACAAGUGGGGCUUCAGUAGGGGGAACUUCACAGGGUACUAUAAGAGGUGCUACUCCCUCAGCAAACCAAGAUGGUUUUGGGACACGACAGUGGGGACCAGCUCCUGCAAUAACUCCUAGACCACAAACACCUUCUGCACCUGCAUCGGCAGUUCCACCGAAAUCACCUACUUCUGCCUCAUUAUCUUUCCAACCAGUUGCUGUGGAUUCAAAAACUUCAAUUGUAUCUGGAAAUGGCUUUUCUUCUGAUUCAUCUUUUGGAGGAGAUAUAUUUUCUGCCACCCCCCUGGCAAAGCAAGACAAGUCACCAACCUUCGCUACAACUAAUGUAUCUAGCUCGUCCAGUGUUGGCACAGCUAUUUCUGGGUCUCAAGGUUCCAUUAAGCCAGGGCAAGUGGAUUCAUUGCAAAACACACCAUCACUUCCUCUUGGUGGUAAUCAGUUGCAACGGACUCAGUCACUGGUCAAGCAAAACCAACUAGGUGCGAUACAGAGCACUUCAGCAUUAACCGUCCCUAAUAUUCCAGUUGGAGCUGUUGGUCCUGCUUCCAGUCAGUCCCAGAUACCAUGGCCAAAAAUUUCGCAAUCUGAUGUUCAAAGAUACAGUGGAAUAUUUGUGCAGGUAGACAAGGAUAGAGAUGGGAAAAUCACUGGUCAAGAGGCACGCAAUCUGUUCCUGAGUUGGAAACUACCUAGAGAGGUCUUAAAGCAGGUGUGGGAUUUAUCUGACCAGGAUAAUGAUAGCAUGCUUUCGCUGAGGGAGUUCUGUACAGCCUUAUAUUUAAUGGAGAGAUACCGAGAAGGGCGCAGUCUUCCAGCUGUGCUUCCAGAUGGCCUUAGGUCUGAUGAGGCAUUUUCCCUUACUACUGGUCAACCUUCAACUGCAUAUGGUGGUCCAGUCUGGCAGCCGAGGCCUGGAUUAUCACCUCAAGGGUUCCCUGCAUCACAGCCUGUAAUACAUAUGACUUCAGUGAAGCAACCUGUGCAAACUCUGACCCCUUCUCAGACUGAUGUCACGGCGCAGCCAACAGAACAGAAAUCAAGGGUCCCAGUAUUGGAGAAGCAUCUGGUUGACCAACUAAGCAAUGAGGAGCAGAGUGCACUGAACUCAAAGUUCCAGGAGGCUACAGAUGCAGACAAAAAGGUUCAAGAAUUGGAAAAGGAGAUACUAGAUUCUAAAGAGAAGAUCGAGUUUUACCGUGCCAAGAUGCAAGAACUUGUUCUUUACAAAAGCAGGUGUGAUAACAGGCUAAAUGAGAUCACUGAAAGGGCUUCUACUGAUAAACGCGAGUUUGAAUCUUUGGCAAAGAAGUAUGAACAAAAGUGCAAGCAAGUUGGAGAUGUGGCGUCAAAACUUACAAUUGAGGAGGCUAGUUUUCGUGAUAUUCAGGAAAGAAAACUGGAAUUGUAUAAUGCAAUAGUCAAAAUGGGACAAGAUGGAAGUGCUGACAGUGUGCUUCAGGUUCGAACUGAUCAGAUACAAUCUGAUCUUGAGCGGCUUGUGAAAGCUUUGAACGAACAAUGCAAACGAUUUGGAUUACGUGCCAAACCAACUUCGCUGGUUGAGCUUCCUUUUGGUUGGCAACCUGGCAUACAAGAAGAGGCUGCUGAUUGGGAUGAAGACUGGGACAAACUAGAAGAUGAUGGGUUUACACUUAUAAAGGAGCUUACUGUGGAAGUGGAAAAUGUUGUUGCCCCUGCAAAACCCAAGCCUCCAACGGUUCACAAAGAUAAAAUCUCCAAGGAUGAGGCAUCUGCAGUUGUAUCAUCAUCCGAUGUUGAUAACAAAAUUGAGAAGCCUUCUACCCCUCGGUCCCCUCCGGAGCAGAUGGCUGAGAGUGAAUUGACUGAUGCCCGUAGUGAAGAUGGAUCAGAAAAAAGCUCCCCUGGCAGUCCUGGAAGAAAUGCUGUGGACAAUCCCUCUGAAGAAAAUCAUCUGACACAAUCUGGAGUACAUGAUAUCUCAGCCCGUGCUAGAGAAAGUAAUAGUGAUCAUGGUGGUGCUGAAUCCUCUAUGUCGGGGCACAAGUUUGGUGAUGAGCCUUCAUGGGGUCCAACUUUUGAUCAUGGUGAUGAUGGUGAUUCGAUAUGGAACUUUGAUUCGAAGGAGAGUGAUAACGAGAAGAGCAGACACAACCUCUUUGGAUCUGAUGACUUUGGUCUAUAUCCAAUCAGGACAGACUCUCCAAGUGCAGCUAGCGUGUUUGGAAAAGAGAAGAAAAACCCAUUAUUUGAUUCAGCUCCAAGCACACCUCUGUUCAGCUCUAGCUUCUCACCAAGGUUUAAUGAAGGGCCAGAUGACAACUCUUUUGACAGUUUUGCCCAUUUUGAUUCCUUCAGAAUGCAAGAAACUGGUGUUACACACAAUCAGAUUUUUGCAAGGUUUGAUUCCAUUCGUAGCACCACGGACUAUCAUGACAGUGGUGUUCCACAGAAUGAGACCCUUGCAAGGUUUGAUUCUAUGCAUAGUACGACUGACCAUCCACAGCAUCAGACCUAUGCAAGGUUCGACUCCAUUCGUAGCACCACUGACUUCAGCAGGGGUUUCUCUUUUGAUGAUGCUGACCCCUUCGGUUCCGGACCAUUCAAGACUUCAGAAAGUCAUAGCCCAAGAACUGGAACUAAUAAUUGGAGUGCAUUUUAAUCAGUAGUAUGUUACUGAGAAAGCUUCUUAUGUCUGCCUUAAUGCUGGAUUAUCCAUUCAGCAAUGAGAUCUUUUGUGUGCUCUAAACCUGCGAAGAUUGUUUGGUUGUGUGUUAGGAGAACGUCUGUAUUCUUUGUUAUUAUCAUUUUUUUCCCCCUUUAAAUCUCUGUUUGUGAGGCAUGAGAAUAGAAAAAUUUUCCUUUAUUCUGCUUACAUAUCUCUUUUGACGUGGCCCAAGGAACAUUCUUUGUGGCAUGUAUUCCUUGUCUUUUAAGCAUUUCAAGCAGAACAUAUUGAGGUAUUCUGUCCA